AUGAGGAUAGCUGCCCACUGCGGCUUUUUGUGGACAGGCAGCAGUGUGCUGGGCUCGUGGGAGCUCGUGGGAGCAAAGGGGGGCCGGGAGCUCCUUGCUGCAGGGCUCCAGUUGCCUUUCCUACAAGCAGUCAGCCACAGGAGUCCCCAGCUGCUCCUGUGGUACCUGCACAUUUUCCUUUCCUUUAUCCUUUGCAGGAUUCACUAUCAUUUUGGAGAAUCUGGCAACUAUUCCCUCGAGGUCAAGAUCCUAAGUAGAAGCACCCAAACGGUUUCUUGUGAUCUAAGCAUCAAUGAAGACCCUAUCAACAGCUACCUCCCUAUUCUGUUUGCUUUCCUGGUUUACACGGGGAUCCUUGCUGUCAUCAUUGCUGGACACCUUCUCAUGAAAAUCGAUCCAGUCAGGAGUUGGGUUUGCAAGAAACUGAACCCUAGAGAAACAGAACGACUGAUUAAUUCCGAGCUGGGGUCGCCGAGCAGAGCGGACUCCCUCAGCAGCGACCUCUCCUCGCAGCGCCUGUGGAGCAGCGCCCCGCGGCAGCGGCUGCGCUCCCUGGACACCUUCCGAGGGCUCUCUCUUAUAAUUAUGGUGUUUGUUAACUAUGGAGGAGGAAAAUACUGGUUCUUCAAGCACGAGAGUUGGAACGGAUUAACAGUGGCAGAUCUGGUUUUCCCAUGGUUUGUGUUCAUCAUGGGGACGUCAGUAUCGCUGUCUCUGAGCUCCAUGUUGAGAUGGGGAAGUUCCAAGAAGAAGGUGCUCGUGAAGAUCCUCUGGAGAAGUUUUCUGCUAAUCCUGCUGGGAAUCGUAGUUGUCAAUCCCAAUUACUGCCUUGGACCAUUGUCCUGGGAUAAUCUGCGCAUUCCUGGGGUGCUGCAGAGGCUGGGAUUCACGUACCUCGUGGUAGCUGCUCUCCAGCUCCCGUUUACAGGAAUUGCAGCUGAGAAUGUGCCGGUGAGUCGCGAGAUGCCACCUCCGGUGCUGCAGGAUGUUCUCCCUUACUGGCCACAGUGGAUUUUCAUUUUGACAUUGGAAGUAAUUUGGCUCUGCCUGACCUUUCUGUUACCCGUGCCAGAUUGCCCCAGGGGCUACCUCGGUCCUGGGGGCAUUGGCGAUUUUGGGAAGUAUCCUAACUGCACCGGAGGGGCAGCUGGUUACAUCGACCGGUUGCUUCUUGGAGAAAAACACAUAUAUCAACAUCCCUCGUCAAGUGUGCUUUACCAAACAAAGAUGCCGUAUGACCCUGAAGGCAUCCUGGGAACAAUAAACUCUGCUGUGAUGGCAUUUCUGGGACUGCAGGCAGGAAAAAUUAUCUUGCUGUACAAAGACCAGCACAAGCAAAUUAUGAGUCGAUUCUUAAUAUGGAGCAUAGUAAUGGGAAUUAUUUCUGCUGCCUUGACAAAAUGUUCUAAAGAUGAAGGCUUUAUUCCCAUAAAUAAGAAUUUAUGGUCAAUAUCAUAUGUGACAACCAUGAGCUGCUUUGCCUUCAUCCUCCUACUGCUGAUUUAUUACCUGGUGGAUGUUAAGAGACUGUGGUCGGGUGCUCCAUUUUUCUACCCAGGAAUGAACUCAAUCCUGGUCUACAUUGGACAUGAAGUAUUUGAAAACUAUUUCCCUUUUAAGUGGAAGAUGCAAGACAGUCAAUCGCACGCAGAGCACCUGAUUCAAAACCUUACUGCGACAACUCUUUGGGUCCUAAUAUCCUAUGUACUCUACAGGAAAAGGAUAUUCUGGAAAAUCUGA